CUGUUCCAAUCCUUCCCGCUUUCCCCGGGAGGGGGCUGCGGUUGAGAACUGGCUUUGGGGACACAGACGCCCCUUUUGGAUAAGAGUCGCCGCCAAGCGGGCCGCCUGUUCCCGGCAAGGUUUGGGUUGGACGCCUGAGAACAGUUCCCGCAGCGCGCCCAGUGACUACCCAGGACACCGAGCCCGGGCGGCGGCUGCGCCCACACCUGGUGUACGUCCGAAGCAUUUGCGGGCUCAACCAAUGGGACUCGCCACCCACUGCUGAGGCCAAGCCCCGAGAGGCGGUUCAGGGCCCCCAGCCCGGGCGGGUGUGAGGCUUUGGGCGUCGCUAUGCUAGGACAGCGAGGACACAGCCCAUGAAAGGAUCGCAGAGUCUGGAUCUCACCUGACUAUUGCUCUACCAACCGUCAUGAGUGGCCUCUCGCCCCAAACCAAAUAUGUGAUACAUCUUCCGAAGACUGUACUGGAGCCAUGAUCUUUUAACGACCGUCCUGUGUCCAGCGAUAGCUGAGCCUGGGCCAGGUCUGGUGUAGAAGCACGCAAAGAAAUAGGAUGUUUGCACUUUUACCCCGUGAGUUGGGCACCCUGACACUUAAUGUAAAUUGCAGCCUUGUGGCCAGUGGUGGAUAGAAGAUGGAUUAUGAUGUGUGUGGAACAUGGAACCUUGGGGAGUUCCGUAACCAAGAGAAAGAAGUAACAACAGCCAGUGGAGACAAAAAGAACCGCUUCUCUCUUCUUCCUCCUCCAAGUUCCUAGUGGCGAGCUGAGCCCAGCAUCCCAAACUUGUGUGACUACACAGGCAAGCUUUUGGAGACUAACUUCAUUUUGGCACCCUAGCCUUCAGCGGCUCAAGGUGUUGGCUUUCUGAGCAGACAGGAGGCUUUUCCGUAGCAAAGCUCCCUGGUCUCAGCAAGCCCGACAUCAUGGGGAAGGGAGACACCUUGGAAUCAGCACCACCCGCCACAGCCUAUCGCUCCGUCAUGGAGGAGUAUGGUUACGAAGUGGGCAAGGUCAUUGGCAAUGGCUCCUAUGGAACAGUGUAUGAAGCUUACUACACAAAGCAGAAGGUCAUGGUGGCUGUCAAGAUCAUCUCAAAAAAGAAGGCCUCUGAGGACUAUCUUAACAAGUUCCUGCCCCGUGAGAUACAGGUGAUGAAGGUCCUGCGGCACAAGUACCUCAUCAACUUCUAUCAGGCCAUCGAGACCACGUCCCGAGUGUACAUCAUCCUGGAGCUGGCUCAGGGUGGUGACGUCCUUGAGUGGAUCCAGCGCUACGGGGCCUGCUCUGAGCCCCUUGCUGGCAAGUGGUUCUCCCAGAUGACCCUGGGCAUUGCCUACCUGCACAGCAAGGGCAUCGUGCACCGCCUUUCUGCUGCUGGUAGGGACUUAAAGUUGGAGAACCUGCUGCUGGACAAGCGGGAGAAUGUGAAGAUAUCGGACUUUGGCUUCGCCAAGAUGGUGCCUUCUAACCAGCCUGUGCGGAGUAGCCCUUCCUAUCGCCAAAUGAACUGCUUUAACCACCUCAGCCAGACCUACUGUGGCAGCUUUGCCUAUGCCUGCCCGGAGAUCUUGCUAGGCUUGCCCUACAACCCUUUCCUGUCUGACACCUGGAGCAUGGGUGUCAUCCUCUACACUCUAGUGGUCGCCCGUCUGCCCUUUGAUGACACCAAUCUCAAGAAGUUACUGAAAGAGACUCAGAAGGAGGUCACUUUUCCACCUAGCUAUGCCAUCUCCCAGGAGUGCAAGAACCUGGUCCUCCAGACGCUACGCCAAGCCACCAAGCGUGCCACCAUCCUGGACAUCAUCAAGGAUCCCUGGGUGCUCAAGUUUCAGCCUGAGCAAGCCACCCAUGAGAUCAGGCUGCUCGAGGCCAUGUGCCAGCCCCCCAGCACCACUCAUCGUCACCAGUCCUUGGAAAUUAGUACCUGAAAGUGGCUGAGGGAGGGAGGGGGUGGAGAGGGAGCAAAACAGGAGGGUCUGGGGCUAAAAAUCUUUUAUACCAAAAAUAAAUCUAAUUGUGUUUUAGUUUCAUCA